AUGUCGAGCGAAUCAAAGAAAGUCCCUGGAGGUCAUUACUCCGGGGCCAAUCCAAUUCCAAAUAUUCAACGAUUUGUGGAAAGUCUAGAUUCCGAGAAGAGAGAUAGGGAUGCAAAGAUUAAUGCCCAACUGGAAUCACGCACGCAAGCUCAACCGAAAGAUCAAAACCAAGGACAACCAAGUGGCAUUGACGGAACAAGGAAAGUCGUGACGGAUCCAACAACUGGAAAGGAUGUGGAAAUUGAGGAUGUCAAUGCAGAUUUCAUGAAGGCGGUGGAUGACCCACAGCUUUCCGUGCCAAAUGCGAAUCUCAAUAAGCCGACAACGAGAAAGACAGAAGCAACUCAAUCUGGGGAGGGAUACAGAGAAAAUCAAGAUACUACCGCACCACCUGAACCAGUCGAACCUGGAAGUACCUCCGAUGUACCAAUUCAUGGAGAAAAGACAAACAUUUUAUUUCAUCCUACACCCUCGGCAACUGCAAAUCUAAUUCCUGAAUCCGUCGAAUGGAUAAAUAGCCUUAUGGGGGUCAUGUGGGGACUUAUUGAUCCCGAUUUAUUUAUCUCUGUUGCAGAUACUCUUGAGGAUGUUAUGCAAGCUUCAGUACCUAGUGUUAUCGAGAAUGUUCGAGUGGCGGAAAUUAAUCAAGGAACAAAUCCUUUUCGGAUCUUAAGUUUACGUGCCCUCCCGGACGGUCAUGUUCAGGAAAUAAAGGAUGAUAUUCAUCGACAGAAUGAGAAGAAUAAAGAUCCUCAAAAACUGGCUGCAGAUGAGGAGGGUGGAGAUUAUUACAAUUUGGAAUGCUCAUUUGCCUAUCAUGCUCAACCUUCAGGGGCUGGAGCUUCUGAAAAGUCAAAGAACAUGCAUAUGCAUUUGGUAUUUUAUCUUGGUAUGAAAGGACUUUUCGGGAUCCCUCUCCCGAUCUUUGUUGAACUUCAAGGCCUCGUCGGCACUGUUCGAUUACGCCUACAACUUUCUCCCGAACCUCCAUUCUUGAAAGCUCUAACGUUCACAUUUAUGGGACUCCCAAAAAUUCAAGCUGGAUGUACACCAAUGCUUGAAACUGGUAUCAAUAUCCUGAACCUUCCUCUCAUCUCCAAUUUCGUCAAUUACGCUAUUGGUGCCGCCGCAAACGAAUACGUCGCUCCAAAAUCUAUGACUUUAGAUAUGUCUAAAUUGUUAAAGGGUGAUGAUAUUCAAAAGGAUGUUGAAGCACUCGGUAUUCUGUGGAUCCGUAUACAUAGAGCUUCUGGCCUAAGCAAACAAGACCGUCGUGGAAGUGAUGGUGGUGGGAGUGAUCCUUAUAUCACUGUCAGCUUCUCUAAGUACGGCAAACCAAUGUAUUGCACCCGAGUUAUCCAGGAUGAUCUCAAUCCGGUCUGGGAAGAAACUUGUGCUUUGCUUGUCACUCCUGAUCUCAUAAAAGCAGAUGAACAGCUUUCGAUGGAACUUUGGGACUCCGACCGAUCAACUUCGGAUGAUGUUGUUGGUAAGGUUGAACUUUCAAUGCAAAAAAUGAUUCAACAUCCAGGAAAAAUGUAUCCACAAGUUUCUAAACUUCGCGGCAUGGACUCCGAUAGUUCUAUGCCUGGUGAACUUCAUUGGGAAGUUGGAUACUUUGGUAAACCUCAAUUCAGACCGGCAAUGAGAAGUCACGGAAAGGAUAUUAAUCUACCCAAGGAAUUACAAGACAAAGAAGAAUUACAAGACGCUAAAGGAAGUCUUGAUACCCCUGAAGAAGUUGCUGUGGUUCAUACUCCUCCCGAUCCAUUGUGGCCAAGUGGCAUUUGCAGUGUUAUAGUUCACCAAAUUGUUAAUCUUGAAUUACAAAAUAUCAAAGGUAGUGAUGGUAAACGAAAGGGUAGAGAAUAUGAACCAGCAGUGGAAUAUGGGGAGAACAAGGAAGAGGAACAUAAAAAAUUACCAAGUAGUUAUUGUACUAUCUUGUACAACGAUGAAUUGGUAUAUAGGACACGAUCGAAGGUUGUCAGUUCAAAGCCUAUUUUCAAUGCAGGCACUGAACGCUUCAUCCGUGAUUGGAGAUCAGCGAUCAUUACCGUUACAGUUAGAGAUCAACGUAUGAGACAACAUGAUCCAAUCCUUGGAGUUGUUCCUUUGAAAUUAUCAGAUCUCCUACAAACAAGUUCUCAAGUUACAAGAUGGUAUCCUCUUGAUGGUGGAAUUGGUUUUGGCCGAAUCAGAAUCUCUGUUCUCUUCCGAAGUGUCGAAACAAGGUUACCACCACAACAACUCGGUUGGGAUGUAGGAACUUUUGAAUUCACAUCGGAUAAAAUCAUCGCUACUGGUUAUACUGAAAACUCAAAAUUGAAGCUUCGAACCGGUGGAAGUGUUGGGAAAAUCAAUCGUACCCAAUGCCGAAAGUUGGAAGAAGGCGACGGUAUAUUUUGGGAUCUUGCCAAGAAAGAGGGGAAAAAUAGGGUUCGUCUUCCUGUCAAGUAUCGUUACCGUUCACCAAUCGUUUUCGAAUUGCACGUCACGGGCAAACGUGGAGCAGAUGCUUAUGCAGUAAUUUGGCUUCACAAAUUAGAAGAUAAUAAAGAGGAAGAGAUCAGUAUCCCUAUCUGGAGAACUAAUAACGGUAUGAGACUUACCGAAAACUACAUCACCGAAGAGAAUUUCCGCGAUAUUCCAGAUAUUAAUAUUGAAGAAGUUGGACGACUUAAGUUUUCAGGAAGAUUCAAAGCUGGUAUGGAUGAAGAUCACGAAAAGUUUGUAACUGACAACGAUUCUCGAGAAACCCAAGAAACAUGGGAAGCAUGUCAUUCGGAAGGUGUGCGUGAUAGAAUUGUGAAGAAAGAAAUUCCACCAGCUGUUCAACAACUUCAUGAUCAGUCUUUAACGCAAGGAAGAGAUGUUCUCAGUCAAGCUAAUGAAGAGGAAAAGAAAAAAUGGUUGGAUCAAGAUGGUAACGACUGGAGUGGAGCUUUUGGUCAGGAUCCUGCGCAGUACGUAGAUAAGAGUGGUUACGGACAAAAGUAUCAGGAUGCUGAUUAUGAGGCUAGUAUGGUACGUAAACCACGAGGACCCAGUGGAUGUGUUGAAGCAAAUCUCAAUGAAGAUAUGAGCGAGAAAACCAGUACUGCAUCUUCAGACUCUGAAGAUUCAGAUGCAGAAUCCGAUCUUGGUUUGAAUGAUGCGACGACUGCAUCCACAAACCAAACUGCAGAGCAGGAUGGAAAUAAUGGAUCAAAUCAUUCGAAUAAUCCGGUAAAACAAUAUCAGAACUAUAAGGAGAGUUCAAAGGGUCUGCAUAGGAAACAAAGGGGUUUGAUGCAAUGGAAGCCGAUGAGAAAUUUGGCCUUUGCAAAGGAUGAGGUGAAAUUCGCGGCGAGAAAAAUUAAGAAUAAGACGAGUUUGAGUGGUAGGCAACCGGAUGUUGAAACGGAGACUGGAUAG